ACAGAAAGUUAAAUACAUCGGAUGAGUUGUACUUUCAACUCUCAAUUAAUAUGUUUUUAGUCAUAAGGAAUAGACUUCAAUGCAUGUAGUAGUAAAGUUGUUAAGUUAUCACAGUUAAGCAUGUGUUGAAACUAAGAAGUGACAUUAAGUUUCAAAAGCUAGAAAAUAUACACUUGUUUCUAAACACUUUGACAAUAAUCUAUAGAAGAUUGUAUAAACAUAAAAUAGUAUCGAUACGGAAUCAUUGAUAACAAAAGGAAAAAUUAUUAUUAUUAUUAAAAGAUGGUUGUCACAGAUAAAGUUAAAUUACCCGAUGAUUCUGAAUUGAUUACUCCAGAAUUAAAUGUCCCAUAUCCUGUCUUACAAGCAGCUUCUUUUUACAUGGGUAAAAAGUGUGAAUGGGAAAGAAAUGAGUUCAUGUUAUGCAGAGAAGAAGAGAAAGAUGCACGAGUUUGUCUAAAAGAAGGUAAAGCUUUGACGGCUUGUGGUAUGGAAUUUUUUAAACAACUCAAGAAACAUUGCAGAGAAGAUUUUGAACAAUAUGUUACUUGUUUAGAAAGAUCAUCAGGAAAGAUGGAGUUUAGCCAGUGUCGAAAAACUCAAGCAGUUGUUGAUAAAUGUGUGCUGGAUAAUCUCAAUAUUAAACGACCUUAUUUUGGAUAUUUCUGUGAAACUAAAAUACAUGAUUCUCAAAGACCGAAACCUAAAUACAAGCCUACUGAAUUUCCAAAUGCAUUACCACCAUUGCCAGAAGGAAAACCUGAAUAUCCUAGCAAAUUUGGUAGCAGGUCCUACUUUUCUUAAAUUAUUCAUUAUUUAGUAAAGUCAACAUUUAGAAGUUGUAUUAAUCCUAUUUAACAUUAUACAGCAUUACAAUAAUAUACAAUUGUUAUUCGUA